AAAACUGGACGGCCAGAUCGGCGCCUCUCCCACUCUCCGCCCGACCUUGCCGAAACCCUCCUUCCAAACUCCUAGUCCCGGAACCCCGAAGGCGAUCCAUGGCGGCGGCGGGGUGGCUCCGGCGAGCGGCAUCGGCGGUGGCGCUGCCUCGCAUGCCCUCUGGACUCACCAUCAUGCCAACCCCUCCCCCUGCUCCUCUCCCCGAGGCUCAGUCCCUCGUGCUCCCGGGCCUUGGCGCCGCCAUCGCCCCCGCGAUGGAACUCAUGGCCGUCCCCAAGAAGAAGAUCUCGAAAUAUAAGAGGGGUUUGAGAAAUGGGCCCAGAGCCCUGAAGCCUGUUCCAGUGAUUGUCCGUUGCAGGUGCUGCGGGCGAGUGAAGCUGCCCCACUUCUACUGCUGCAGCGGAGAAAAAGGGAACGCCGGUGACUCCAGCUCAUAAGCACCGGGUUUGCGCAUCAAGCUGUGGUGUGACAUCUCGUAGUACAAUGGAAAUCCCAGAUAUCACUUGUAUUCUGCUGCUAUCUCUUUGUGAGCAGUUCUCUAUGUAGACUUUAGUUUGUGUUUCAUAAUUUCGUGGCGAACUUAGUGCUGGUCGUUGCCAGGAGUGUGGGUGCUCUCUGAGAUGAGUGACGGUUGAUUAUGUGUUGCUAGCUUUCAGUAUGUAGGACGCCUUGUUCCUACAUCAAAAUAAAAGGAAAAGAAUGGUCCCAGUGUGAGAAAUUUAAA